CCAGAGCCACACAACCUGAAACCGAACAUUUGGAAACGGGAGGUCGCCCCCGCACCGCGGGAAUAGAAGCGUCUCUCCGACGAGCAGCUGCUAGCCUCAUUCCUUCCGGGGAGAGGAAUAACUCUCUCUCCCGUCGCCGGGAUCCCGCCGGUGACAAUGGUGAGGUGGCUGCCGCCGCCGCCGCCAGCGGACGGCGAGAUACCCUUCGGACACGACGCCGUCGCCUUGUCCUUCUUCGUGGCGUGUGUGGCCGCCACCGUCGCGCUCGCGUCGUCCAUGUGCUCGGCAUGCGGUCGCAAGCCGAAGGCGGCCACCCGUGCAGACCCGGCCGCUUCGGACCAGUCCACCGGGACGGGCUCGGGCUCCGUCUCCGGCGGCGGCGGAAGCCAGGAGGCUAGCGCCGCGGAGGCGGAGGAGGAAGUGGUGAGACUGUCACCGGAGCUGGCGAUGCACGGCGCCAUCGACCCGGUGACGCUGCCGUCGUCGACGUCGAAGCGGCGCCUGUCCAUCAGCGUGAGCAAGAAGCUGAGCAUGAACAUCCCGGACAAGCUGCGGCUGAGCCGGCGGGAGCACAAGGACCACCACCACAAGGUGGAGUCGGAGGACACGCUGUGGAAGAAGGGCAUCAUCCUCGGGGAGAAGUGCAGGAUCCCGGGCGAGAGGGAGGCGGAGACCGGCGAGCCCGUCGACCCCGCCGACGAGAUCGCCGCCGGCAGCUUCCGCCGGUCCAGCUACUCCCGGCCCGUGUCGCGGUCGAGCUCGUUCGCCGUGUACCACCACCAACAGCAGCAGCACCAGCACGACACCCCGGCCGCCUUGCAUGCCUCGGAUUCUUGACAGCCCCUCGAGACCCGAGUAUAAAUGUAUAAUACUAUUACGUACGUGUGUAGGCGUCGAAGGGGAGAAGGAUGCUACUAUGCCUACGGGAUGUAAUGUGCAUUCAAAUUCAGAUGUAAUUGCUCUAUAAUUCUACUAGGUGUGUGCCCGUGCGUUGCAACGGGAACAUAUAAUAUCAUGAUAACUUAUAUAUAAAUAUGUUACAUUGUUAUGAGAAGAUUUUAUAAUCCAUUGGUGAUCCUGGCUAUACA